GUCAGUUAAUUAAUUGCGGUACUUCACUGUUCACUUCAUAUAUUCAGUGAAGAUUUCAAAACCCAGUAAUGUUUCUUAAUUCUGGAAUUUCUUUUGCUGGUAACCAACUUUCGGAUUUGUGAUUUCAAGAGUAAUUUGUUGAGCAAUUAUGAACUAAACUAGUUCGGCGGUGCAUCUUCAUUGGAUUUGUCUGUACAUUAUUACAUUCUUGUAUGUUAACUCGUGGUUUACAUACACAGACUCCUUACUUAUUCUGAAUGACAGGCGGCCUAAUCAGUUAUCAGUCAAACUGUUAUGUAUCGUAAUUUAUUUUUUAGUUUCUGUGGCUGCCACACAAUAGUCUUUUAUGCAUAUUUUUCAGUAUAAUGUUUGCUUAGACUGAAUUGCAAGCCUUAUUUGUAGUUGUAUUGGCGAUGAUAAUAUGAAUUUCGUUAGGAGUUAAACUCCAAGGUACAUUUCAUACGGUUACUGCUGUUGUUCGUCGUUUAGUGACUUUAUACUGAAGCAAACGUACCACUUCACAAAUACUAAUUUACCUGAUGGGCCUUCUGCCAAUUUAACUCCAAUACUCAGUUUCAAGUUACAGUACCAAUGUUGUGUUGGAUUAUGAGCUUGACUGGCAGACUUCAGUCAGUGCUGUAACUCCCCACUUAUUGUUGUUGAACGUAACUCCAUGCUCAACUGGUAUCAUAACGGUUGCAUUCUGUAGUUUUAUGUAGUAGUCUGAGUUGCAGUUUAUUUGUUAGGGCUUAUCGUACUCUAUUUUUAUAAGUGCAAUGGAGAUCCGUAGGCAUAAGUUACAUUUCCAAAGUAAGAUUGAAAUGAACCACUAUACCACGAAAUCCAUAGGGGAAACAAAAGUCCAUAAGAAUGUUUCGCAUUAUUUUAUUGAUCUUAUAACUAAUAUUUGACUUGUGUUCUUGUCAGCAGGGCACAAGCAUGCGGCGUGUGACUUGAGUGGAAUGAGAUCGGACAAAAUUAGUCUCCAUUUUAUUUAUUCAUAAAACUCCCCUACGCUGCACACCAAAUGGUACCGAACGUAGUUGAUGUUGCGGUCAAAUUAAUCAUGAUCAAACUCCUAAAAGAUCUUGUGCAAUCAAAGUAGUCAGUGUUGUAGAACGUACGUAAGAGGCAAAUGCUGAGCACGACCAACAAUUUGUUCAGCGCUUUUAGGUAAACUCACGAAUACAAGUUUAGAUGACCGAUAACAGUGGCUUAUCUCUUGUUUACAAUCGAAGCAGUAUUUGUUCAGAGAACGUAAGUUGGAGUUUAGUCAAAUAAAGGGUAUUAUUCUAUGAGUGUCACAAGCCACCUAUUAUUUUACUGAACAGUACUUUAAACUAUAUAUUAAAGAAGACUGGCUGCAGGUCUAACUAAAUCUAGUUUGAUAGUUAUUGUUAAAAAACAUCCAGGAUCACUGUCUCCAAUAAAAACAUUUUUAACAUCACUUAAUUCGUCUCUCGUUGUGUGGGUGCCUCUGUCUAUUUCGAACAAGUGAGUUUUUUAAAUAUUUAGUUUAUAUACCGCCACUCGCGUCUUUUUCCUGUGAACAGCUUUUAUCUUAGGACCAAGUGAUUCUGUAAGUUAUUAAGUACAGUCAUUUAGUUUUGUUACAGAUGCUUACACACUAUGACGACAAAUAUUUUUAUAUUUUUUAAAUAUUUUAUCCUUUAAAUUUCAGUCAUUAUGAACAAAUCGUGCCUAAGUCUUAGCGAAUUUCAAACUGAUCAGUAUAUUGACAUCAAAGAAAGACUUGUAGCCUUGCAGAGACAUCUGUCAGACCCGUAUUCAGACUGUUACGUAGAACGCUUACUUGAUGUCGUUGUGGCGUGCGUUGCAGAAUGUACGAAAACAGUACAGACUGAGACAAAUUCAUAUAUGGAAUCAUUUUUACAAAGGUUUCUGGAUGUGGCGAGGAGUUUACAACUGUAUCGUCGUAAAUCUGAAGAUUUUUCAUUUAUCAGUUCAUUGGGUCAUGGUGCUUUUGGACGUGUUCAGCUUGUCCGUGAAAUUACAACUGGUCGUGUUUGUGCAAUGAAAAUAUUAAAGAAGUCACGUAUGUUAGAUCAGCAUGCAGAUUAUUGGGCUGAAAGAGAAAUUAUGUCACAUGGCGAAAGUCCAUGGAUUGUACAGCUAUACUACGCUUAUCAAGAUUUGAAACACUUAUAUAUGGUUAUGGAGUAUGUACCUGGUGGUAAUCUUGUUAGUUGGAUGGAUGAGGUGGAAUUUAUGUCAGAGGCUGCUUGUCGUUUUUAUGCAGCAGAAACAAUUCUUGCUUUAAUUGAUUUACAUGCAAUGGGAUUUAUUCACCGUGAUUUAAAACCAGAUAAUUUAUUAUUAGAUUCAGGUGGUCAUUUAAAAUUAGCUGAUUUUGGUACUGCUGUCCGCGUGAAUCCAGAGACAUCACUAGUUCAUUGUGACGCAGCUGUUGGAACACCAGAUUAUCUUAGUCCAGAAGUUCUCUUAUCACAGGGUAUCGGUGGUGGAAGUUAUGGAUUUGAAGUUGAUUGGUGGGCGUUAGGUGUAGUAAUAUAUGAAAUGCUUUAUGGUGUUACACCAUUUUAUUCAGAAACACUAGUGAAUACUUAUGCACAUAUUAUGAAUCAUGAAACUUAUUUAAAAUUCCCUGAAAAUGUCAGUGUUUCUGACUCUUGUUUAGAUUUUAUGAAAAAUCUUUUAUGCGACCGCAGUACCAGAUUAGGGAGUCAAAGUCGCACUUUAGAUGAAGUGUACAACCAUCCUUGGUUCUCCGUCGACUGGAUUCAUUCACAACAGACCGAUGGCAAUGUGGAUUCUAUGGACGCUUCGAUUGCUGAUUGGACCUGGUCAAAUAUUCGUGCUUGUCGGGCACCUUUUCAGCCACAUUUAACUAGCGAUACAGACACAUCCCAUUUUCAACCAGAGACAGAUGAAGAGGAUGAUGAAUAUGAGAAUCAAAAUGCUCAGUUGAAAGAUGAAAAUAACAAUGUGAAGCCUAAAGAAAUGGUUAAAGGUGAUUUUCCUGAGUCAUCGUCUAGUGACCAUAAGUAUUCCGGUCGUUUUUCUGAACACAUGUUGGAUAUUCCAGGAAGUCAACUUGUUUUUGCAGGUUUUUCAUUUUCUUCCUCUCAUCCAUAUCAUCUGGCUUUACUGAGUGGAUUAAAUUUACCAUCAUCAUCAAAAGAAUUAAUUAAUGGCAAAGCUGACUCCCUUCACGUUAGCAAUAUUAAUACAACUGAUAAUCAUCAACAAAAAUCAGACAACGAUGAUAUUAAUAGUAAGAACCAUUGUACUAAAAGUUGUGAAAGUAUAAAUCAAUUAGUAAAUAAUGAUAAGGAAAGUAAUUCCAAUGAAGCUAAAAUUAAUCAUGCAAAUUGUGAAUCACAGGUGGCUCGCUUACAAAUGCAAUUAGAAGAUGCACUUUCAUUGUCAGAUACGCAUUUAAGUGAAGUUAGUUCAUUAACUCUUCAGCUAGAACAAACGACUAUGCGAUGUCGUGAAUUGGAAAGUAAACUUUCCUUACAAGAAAUCAAUUUUAAGAAAACAAAAGAAGAAAUGGAACGGCAACUGGAAAAUGCUCAUGCUGAAGCUGCUGCCAAUUGUUCUCGUUUAGAGGCUGAAGUUAUAAAAUGGAAGUCGCUAGCACAAUCAGAAGAAGCAGCUAGACAGUCAGCUGAAACAGCUGGUAGUAUGGCUGUAGCAACAGCUACUGUUCAGUUAGCCCGUCGAGCAGCAGAAGUAGCUGAUCGGUUAGGUCGUCCAGGUACACGAAACAGUUUAUCGCGUGUAGUCUCGCCAGGAGUAACAGUUUUAGGAAAUGAUUCUAAUUCACCGUUUGAUUCAAAUAUUCCAUCGGAUCAUAGUGAUGUUGAUGCACCGGACAACUUGAAUUCACUUUCAUUAGAUAAUCCAAAUACAGCAACUGAACUAUUAAUUAAUCGAAUGGAAGAGAUGGCUAGACGUGCACAUCGUGCUGAAAAUACAGCUCAAGAAGCAGCUGAUCAACUGGAGGCUGAAAAACAUUUCAAGCAUAUAUAUAAAGAAACAUGUGCCGAAAAAACGGAUCAAUUAAAUGAAAAGACUCGUGAAUUAAGCGUAUUACAGGAGUUGUAUGCACAAAAUUGUAAAAUGAUUCAAAGGACUAAUGAGAAAUAUGAAGCUGCUCUAAGAGCUGUUAAUGAAAUUCAACAAAAAGUUGGUCGUUAUGUAGAAGCUGCACAAAGUGCGAAAGAAAGUGCCCAUGCGGCAAGUCAGCGAGCAGCACUAGCCAGUAGUGAAGCGGCUCAGUUACGUAUUGAACUUGAACGUAUGACUCAGGCUUAUAAAAAGGAACAGGCCAAAUUCAGUGCUACAGUUAAUAAGUUAACUGAGGUUUUAUCUGGCAAGAAUCCGGACACUCUGGAAUUGAUGUGGCUUGCAAGCUUUCAGCAGCAACAACAGGAGCAAGAUGGCAGUGGUCGUACUGUUAGUCCAUUUUUCCUCGGCUCUAAUUCAGCUCGCAGUAAAGUAGCCAGUUUAAAAGGAUUAGGACAACAGAAACGAUUGAAUUUACAGUUGAACCAACGUUCGAAAGAGAAUAAACGAUUAUUAUCUGAGAUUAAUCGAUUGAACGAUGAAUUAGCCACAUUGAGAAAAGAAUAUGAGAAUAAAUUACGCUUAAAUGAAUCGCAUACAGUGUCACUUGAAUCGGAAUUGGCUUCGCUUAAAGAACAAUUACACAGUGUAUCUAUUCCUAAAUCAUCACCUUCACAACAAGAUAUAGACGAUGAUUCACUGGGAUUGCGUCACUAUCACCAAUAUCAUCAGUUACCACAACAGCAGCACAAUCUGCAUAAUAACAGUACUAGUCAAAAUAACUAUUAUCAGAACCAUCAACAUACCCAACAACAGUUGCCUAAUCACUGCAAACCGUUAAUCAGUAAACAAGUCUUCAAUUCAGAUAAUUAUUCCAACUUAGCGAAUAAUAAUAACAAUAUUAAUGGUAAUAGUAAUCUACCUAAUAAUAAUCAUAUUACUGAAUGUGAUUCAACUAUGAGAAAAUCAUUUGGUAUUGCACGUCCUACCUCUACAAUACCGUCUACACCUCAAUCAUCUGUUUCUCACGAAACCAAUGUGAAGUAUCCUAACGUUAACAAUAAUACUAAUACAAAAUCAGUUACAUCAAGAAAUCGUGUGGCGGGUGGUAAUUCAUGUAAUUCUACUGAAAUGGUGCCUUCUGUUAUUGAUGAGCCUAUACCGGUAGAUUUCAAAUUUUAUGGUAUUCUAGAGUUCGGACCGAAGCGAGGUAAACGAAACAAGCUUCAUUGGGAGUCUUGUUUUGCACAGCUUACACGAACUCAUUUAAUGCUAUGGGAUAUACCGAGUGAUUUAUGCAAGCGUAUACAUGAAUUAUACGAUAAAUAUUUAGAUUUAUCGAAUUUCAUUGCAUCUACAAUUAAUUCCAAUAUGAAUAGUUUAAAUCCCCGAUUCGAAAUGCCAGUAAAUGCAUUAUAUCAUGCACGUUCUGUGAAUUCAUGUGAUGUAUGUCAUGAGCGUCCAGAAGAUUUACCUCGUGUUUUCCAAAUUAUCUAUGAUCGCCAAUGUUUAAACAAUAAUAGCAAUGGCAUUAAUGCUAAUGGUAACAAUAACACCAGUGUUGUAUACAACAGUAUCCCCAGCGGUAUGAAACAAUCUUCAAGUGGUGUUAGUGGAGUGGGUGGUGGUGGAAUUUCUAAUUCAAAUUCAGGUGAUUCUGGAAUUAUACCACGUAAGUCCAGUGUUGGAUCAAGUGGAUUAUUGUCAACUUCUAGUCAACAUCCGUCAAAUUCACGUCGUAUUAUAAGAACUGAUUCCGCUUCUAGUUCUCAUGCUCAUUCUGUAUCUAACUUGUCUAAUAACAAACGAUCAAAUCAUGCAGAAAAUUCUCCAUCUGGACAUCAAGUUAAUUCUCAGUCUAAUGAUUCAGCACAUAGUGUAGAAUCGACUACAAUCAAUACUAGAGGGCAUGUUUUACAACGUAUUCUUUUUAGAUCAUAUGCAACCUGUGAUCUGUGUCAAAAUUCAUGCUCUAGUGUUUUUCAUCCUCCUUUAGCUUAUCAGUGUACAGAUUGUCAGAUUAAACUGCAUGCAUGGCAUUUGGAGAAUAAUGAUUAUACUUUACCUCAGUGUGCUAAAGCUGUCGGUGUUUGUUUAUUACGUGCACGUACAGUUCAUGAUAAAGAACAAUGGAUGGAGUAUUUAUUAUUGGCCAUCAAAACAACAAAGUUGUUAUCAUCAUCUAAUACAACAAUUCGUAAAUCUAAUAAUGCAGAAGUGCCAAUAUCAUCAAUCCAACAACAAUCGACUCCUCCAAUAACGACAACAACACGCAGUAUUUCUCUUCAUGGAUAUGGUCCAUCUCAAUCUAUUUCACCUAGUGUGGCAUCAAAUCCAGUAACAAAUAUGGCUACACCUAUACGAUUCAUCAAUUUAACCCCAUCAUCUGACCAACAAAUUUCACACACUCGUUCAAAGUCUUCAAUUUGUGUUCAAGAUUCGUUAAAACGUCAAUCACGUAUAGAAAAUUCAUCUACCAAUAGUAGUAAUGAAUUUUCAUCAUUAUCUCAUCAGUCGUAUAUUCCUACGCUAUUACCUUAUUCUUUACGUCCAACUUUUGCUGGAGCCACUACAUCUAUUACUAGGAAUAGUAAUAAUAUUCACAAUUCUAAUGGUAAUGUUUUUAGUAACAACAAGGCAGCAACAUCAACAGAGGUAAUGGCAACUGCAUUAUCCCCUACUAUAGGGACAAUUAAUAAUCAUGAACAUCAGAUGAGUCGAAGUUUUACACUUGGCUCAACAAAAUAUAACAGUGAAGAUUAUACAGAUUUUUCUGUUGGCUAUGGCUAUCCAAAUAAUUAUCAAUCUGGUAUCGCAACAAUUCGACCUAUUACAAGAGCAGAAAGUUCAAAUUGUCAGAGUAAUAGCUAUACUAGUAAUAAUAUUAAUCUGAUUCAGUUGGAUCAACAGAUUCAACAACUGGUGAUAUUUCACCUUAAUAUUAAAGAAGUCUUGAUAUUUUACUCUGUUGUACCAUAG